AGAGGAAUUAGGUUGGAAAUGAAAGAGAGGUCAACAUCCCCCCUGGAGUGAGGAGACAGAGUCGCUGCCUCCCCGGCGAUGAAGCCCAUCCCCCAGUCCGUCCUCGCCGCCGUCGACCGCCGGUGGCUGCUCCCCCUCGCCGUCGGCUCCGCGCUCUCGCUCCUCCUCCUCGUCGCCCUCACCACCUUCCCUUUCCCCUUCCCCUCCUCCGCCUCCUCGCCCUCCCCGGCCCUCUUCGUCGAGCACAAGCUCGCCCCUUCCCCGCCGUCCUCCAGCGCCUCACUCCCCCGCAUCGCCUUCCUCAUAUCUGGAUCCGCGGGAGACGCCUCCGCGCUCCGCCGCGUCCUCCUCGCGCUCUACCACCCCAGGAACCGCUACAUCCUGCACUUGGAUGCCGAGGCGCCGGACUCCGACCGGAGGGACCUCGCUGCCGGACUCGCGGACCACCCGGUCAUCGCUUCUGCCGGCAACGUGCGCGUCGUCGAGCGCGCCAACCUCAUCACGUACCGUGGGCCCACCAUGGUCGCCAACACACUGCACGCCGCCGCCGCCUUCUUGUGGGCCGACGCUGGCGCCGGCGGCUCGGAGUGGGAUUGGUUCAUCAACCUCUCCGCCUCGGAUUACCCGCUCGUCACGCAGGAUGAUCUAAUACAUGUGUUCGCCAAGCUUCCGCGUGAUCUUAACUUCAUCGACCACACGAGCGACAUUGGAUGGAAGGAGUUUCAGAGGGCAAAGCCGGUGAUCAUUGACCCAGGGCUCUACAUGAAGAAGAAGUCAGAUGUGUUCUGGAUACCGCAGCGGCGGAGCGUCCCCACGGCCUUCAAGCUCUUCACUGGUUCUGCUUGGAUGGCAUUAUCUAGGCCCUUUGUCGAAUACUGCGUAUGGGGCUGGGACAACCUGCCUCGUACUGUACUCAUGUACUACGCCAAUUUCAUCUCCUCGCCAGAAGGUUACUUCCACACCGUGGUCUGCAAUGCUGAGGAAUUCAAGAACACGACCGUGAACCAUGACCUGCAUUACAUCUCAUGGGACAACCCUCCAAAGCAGCACCCGCACUACCUCACGGUCGAGGACUUGGACAGGAUGGUUGCUAGUGAUGCGCCAUUUGCUCGGAAGUUCCACGCAGACGACCCGGUGCUAGACAAGAUAGACGAGGAGAUCCUGUUCCGUGGCCUGGACAUGCCGACUCCCGGAGGCUGGUGCGCGGGAACGAGAGAGAACGGGAGCGACCCUUGCUCGGUCAUCGGAGACACCAGUCUCCUUCAGCCUGGCCGUGGGGCUGUGCGGCUGCAGCGACUGAUGACCUCGCUAUUGUCGGAGGAGAAGUUCCACCCAAGGCAGUGCAAGUAGUGUUUGUCUCUGACUCAGAUCAAAGCUAUGUAUGAUACACGCAUGGGCUGCUGCUACUGGUGGGCGGUACUAGUUCGCCAUUUUGUUAUGCAGCUUCCAUUUAACUUAUGCCCUGUUGUUGUACGACCACAUCAGUAGAGGCUGUUAUUUGUAUCAUCCGGAUGUAAGACUUGACACGAGAGAGAUGAUGCAUCAUCAUCAUCCAAGGUAUCUAUCAGCUAUGGACCUGGUCUUGAAAAACAUGGUUAUCUGAUCAUUAUAUAUGUUACAGACUUACAGUGUAUAGUCUCA